UCCUGGGGGGUAUUUUGGGGGUCCUGAGGAGUUGUGAGAGGGUUGGUGACACUACGUGGGUCCCCACAGUCAUUUGCCACGUGGUGGGAAUCACGUACCAGCACAUCGACCGCUGGCUGCUGGCUGAGAUGCUGGGGGACCUGUCAGAGUCACAGCUGAGGGUGUGGAUGAGCAAAUACGGGUGGACAGAGCCRGAGCCGGGGCGGAUCCUGAUCUCCAACCAGGAGGAAAACAUCAAACCCAAAAACAUCGUGGAGAAGAUCGACUUCGACAGUGUGUCCAGCAUCAUGGCCUCCUCACUCUGAGCCCCCCGGAACCGAGCCGUGGACACGGACCUCCCAAUACCAACGCCCCAACCCCAUCCCUCCCCAGUUUAACCAGUAAAGAGACUCCAACA